AUGGCAACAAGAAGCAAUCAACUUCACAUUGCCAUGUUUCCAUGGUUUGCUACAGGUCACAUGACUCCAUUCCUUCACCUCUCAAACGAAUUAGCCAAAAGAGACCACAAAAUCACUUUUCUACUACCCCAUAAAGCUCAUUUUCAACUUCGCCACCUUAAUCACCACCCAUCUCUUAUCACAUUCCACACCAUCACUGUUCCUCACGUUGAAGGCCUUCCUCUCGGCACAGAAACAGCCUCAGAUAUUCCCAUUUUUCUCAACCACUUACUCGCCAUUGCCAUGGACAAAACCCGUGAUCAAGUUCAACAAACACUGACCAUAAUAAAACCCGACUUUGUUUUCUAUGACAAUGCUUACUGGAUGCCUGAAAUAGCUAGAGAAAUCGGUAUCAAAACCGUUUGUUACAAUGUUGUUUCCGCUUCUAGUUUGGCUAUUGCACUUGUCCCUGCAAGAAAAGUGAAUGAUUCCAUUACUGAGGAAGAACUCAGGGUUCCACCAGAAGGGUACCCUUCUUCCAAAGUUGUUCUUAGUGGUAAUGAAGCAAAGGCUUUGUCUUUCAUUUCACUACCAUUUGGAGAAGGAAACAUCACGUUCUAUGACAGAAUCGUAAUGGCUAUGAAAGGAAGUGAUGCUAUAGGAAUUAGAACAACGAGAGAAUUAGAAGGUAACUUUUGUGACUAUAUUGCUUCACAAUAUGAAAAGCAAGUGCUUUUAACCGGACCAGUCUUGUCAUUGGAUGAUUCCGCGUUUGAGGAGAAGCUGGAACCUUAUUGGGCUGAUUGGCUUGAUGGAUUUGAACGUGCUUCAGUUGUGUUCUGUGCAUUUGGGUCACAGAUCAAUUUAGAGAAAGCUCAAUUCCAAGAAAUUCUGUUGGGUUUUGAGCUUUCAGGGUUGCCUUUUAUUGUGGCUCUUAAAGCUCCUAUUGGGUGUGAAACAGUAGAAGAAGCUCUGCCACAAGGUUUUGAAGAAAGAGUAAAAGGAAGAGGAAAAGUUUCAAGGGGUUGGGUUCAACAACCAUUGAUGUUGAAACAUUCAUCUGUUGGGUGUUUUGUGAACCAUUGUGGCUUUGGUUCUAUGUGGGAGUCAUUGAUGAGUGAUAAACAGAUAGUUUUGGUGCCUCAUCUUGCUGAUCAGGUUUUGAAUACCAAGUUGCUUGUUGGUGAAUUGGAAGUUGCUGUUGAAGUUGAAAGAGGUGAAACUGAUGGUUGGAUCUCAAAAGAGAGUUUGAGUAAAGCUAUUAGGUUGGUGAUGGAUGAAGGAAGUGAGGUGGGUGUGAGAGUGAAGAUUAACCAUGCUAAGUGGAAGGAAAAUGGAGGAACUUCGGUGUUAAUCAAUGCUUACAUUGAUAAGUUUCUCCAAAAUCUUCAACAUUUCUCAAAUUAG